UUUGCAUUUAAUUUCUUCAGAAAAAUAUGGCCGACAUGUCACACCUGCCAAUUGUGGCAGGCUUGUUUUUGUUUGUUUUUCUGACUUGGAGGGAUUUGUCAGGAACUGAACAGUCCUCACACGUACACAAAGACAUCAAGGCCCCAAAACUAGCACAAUUUGCUACCCCAACCAUCAAGUUUUUAUAUUGUUAUUCCUGAGGGUACCGGAAAGUCUUUGAGCAGUAUUCACAUGUGCUGCAUGAGAAGUUCCCACAUUUCAGUGUAGAAGGAGAUAAUUACCCUCCUCCACCAAUGCGGCAACUUUUUGCUCAAGGACUUGGUAUUCUUAAAAUCAUUAUCAUUGCUAUGGUCGUCCUCGGCCAGAAUCCAUUCCCUCAUCUUAACAUUGAUACCCCAAGUAUCUUCACUUGGGCAGUGGAGAACAAAUUGUAUGCCUGUCUGAUGAUAUUUUUUGUCAGCAAUGCCAUUGAAGGACAACUUAUAUCCACAGGGGCCUUUGAAAUAUCUUUUAAUGAUGUGCCAGUUUG